AUGUUGAAAAGUGAAUAUUCACAUAAACAGACGAUUCGUCAAACCGAUGCAAAACAACAUCUACAUGAUAUUCGUUAUCAACGUCAAAAUCAAUUAAAAUCAAUCGUAGAUGAAUGCCAUCAACUUCGUAUUUUACAUAAACGUAUUUUUGAUAAUCAACUGAAUUCUUAUUCAGCUAAAAAACCAUUAAUUUCGAUGCCAAUGAGAAACGAAUCGAUUUUUAUUAUUAGUCCAAAAAUUGAAUCGGACGACGAAUUUCCCAUUUCAAAGGAAUUCACAAUAUAUUUAUCCGAAUCUUCAUACACAUUAUUGGAUUUUCAAUCAGCGAAUCAUCAAUUAGCAUCACCACCUGUAACAAUGAAUCAAGAACGAUGUUUAACCGUUUCAUCAGUUGCGUCUAUCGAUAAACACACAAAUAAAGUUUACGACAAAUGGCCUGAUUAUACAGAAAUUAAUCAAAUGCUUGGAUUUCCUAUUCAAAAAUUUCCAUCAGUUGCAGCGAAGCCAAAGCGACCAACAAAUAUACCUCAUAGAAAAAAACAAAAUAAAUCGAAUCGAUUUGUUGAUGCUAUAAAGCAGAUUCAAAAUCGAUCAUCAAACCAACGAAAUUUACUAAAAAAUAAAUUUCUAGAGGAAUUUCCUAUGAAUGGUAAACUGGUCGUGCACCAUACAAGCAAAGAAGCCGAUUCUACACUUCCGCCACUGGUUUGCCCAUUAUCAGUUUAUUAUUCGAAACGAAUUCGUACUCGUCAAUGGUUAUGCCAAAAUGACUUUUCAACUCGGACUCUUCCGCUUAUUUAA